AAAGUGCCGAUCUGACAGUCUCCCACACUCUCUGCCUGACUAACACACCCUCCGUCUCUCUCCGUCUCACAGCCAUGAGUACAGCGCUGUGGCUCUGUCUGCUGUGCCUGCAGGGCUACCUGCUCACACAGGCUCUCGACUGCGCCGAUGGAGGCAGGGACUGCGGCGGCGGGGAGGUCAGCGAGGUCGAGAUGAGGGUCCGGCGACACACUGACCUAGACACUGAGAGAAGAGGUCACGUGGACCAAGCCAGCCUACCCGGAACAUUUUCAGCCAAAGGCUUUCCCAACACCCUCAUUCAGGCUGACAGAUCGAGGCGUCAUUUGACCAGCAAUAAGAAGAAACAUGUGACUCGCAAAUCACGAGUCGGCACUUACUCGCUGCUCAAACACAACCCAUCGAUCCCUUUGCAGAUAGUGCGAGCUCGGAGACACACUGGAGCUGCCACCCCACACAUGCCUCCAUUAAAGACCGUGAAGCAGAGGUCCAGGAGAAGUGCGGCCAAAAAGAAGAAGAGCACAAAGGCCGUGGUCUGCUCGUGAGACGGGACGUCCGUAGAAGAAGUCAAAAAACAAGCACACCAACUAUAUUCACACUUAGAGGCUGCCGUCCUGUAGGCUUUUCAUAUUUAAAGGUGGUAAAAUAUAAUCGUGAGUCAGUCAGGAGGGUUAACUGAGGGUCAGUAUCUACUAACAGCCACUGUCACUCAGUUAGCACUUCAAAAUUAUAAAAUUCAUGCAUCUGUCCUUCUUCUGGGCACAGCACGCCCACAGAUCCACCAUCAGGACAAUAAAACACACAAAACAUUUCUCUCUGUACUAUCAACAGUAAUGGCACUGGAAUGGAUCAAUUAUGCAUUUUUCUUAUAUUCUUAUAUAGAGCAGCAUUAUAUAUGAUGCAGAAUUUGUGCAAAACAAGCUGAUCUAUGCAUGUAUAAGGCAUUUCUAGUAGAACAGAACUCAUAUUUCAGCAAAUCUGCACAAAACAGGUGCUAUGCAAAUGAUUUCUAUGAGAAAACAGGCCGAACUGAGAACAUACCAAGAACAUACAAAAGCAUUCAUAGUCAUUUAUAUGUAACAAAGUUGAUAUUGUUUUUAUAUUACUCUUUUUAUGAAGCUAAUAUAAACAGAUGGAUUGUUUUUCUAAUAUAAUAAUAAAUAAUAUAGGUUUAUAUGCAGUGCUUUAUCAGGCAUAUUUACAGGUACCAUGUACAUUUUUCAAUAAAAAAAGCCUUCAAACUACA